AUGAAUAAAGCUGCUAUGAACAUAGUUGUGGUACAGUGCAGCAUUUUUGGGCAUAUGUCCAGGAAUGGUAUAGUGAAGUAUCGAGAACUUCCCAGCUGUGUGGCCAAGAAUGUGGCCACUGCACAUUGGGAUGUGGUGACAUAUGAUGAUGUGCACAUACACUUCACUCAGGAAGAGUGGGCCUUGUUGGAUCUUUCUCAGAAGAGGCUCUACACAGAUGUUAUCCUGGAGACCUACCGGCACCUCACUGCUAUAGUUUCAAUUGUGAAAGUGGAGAAUGUAGAUACAAGUGGAAAGAAAACAAUAUUGAAGAAUAUUGUCAAAAUUCUAGAAUACAUGAAAGGCAAGAAAAAAGUCAUCUUGGAGAUAAACCCUAUGAAUAUACUCAAUGUGGCAAAGCCUUUGCACGUUACAGUUAUCUUCAAAGUCAUGAAAAAAUUUGUGCUGGAGAGGUAUCCUGUAAAUAUAAUCAGUGUAAUGAUCACAGUACUCUUCAAAAUCAUGAAAAAAAUCAUACUGAAGAGAGACUAUAUGAAUGUAAUGAAUGUAGUAAAGCCUUUUCACAUCAGAGUCAUCUCCAAAUACAUACAAGGACAUAUCAUGGCCAGAAAUUCUAUGAAUGUAAUCAGUGUUGUAAAGCCUUUGUCUGUUGCAGCCGUCUUCAAAAACAGGAAAAAGACCAUACUAGAGAUACAACCUAUGAAUCCGACCAAAGUGGUACAGACUUUGCACAUCAGAGUUAUCUCCAAAAACAUGAAAGAACAUAUAUUGUACAGAAACCCCACAAAUGCAAUCAAUGUGAUAAAGUGUUUUCAAAACAUAGUAAUUUACAACUACAUGAAAGAACACAUAGUGGAGAGAAACCCUAUGAAUGUAGUCAAUGUGGUAAAGCCUUUGCACAUCACAGUUAUCUCCAAAAACAUAAAGGAACACAUACUGGAAAGAAACCCUAUGAAUGUAAUCAAUGUGAUAAGGCUUUUGCACAACAGAUUCACCUUCAAGUUCAUGGAAGAAUCCAUACUGGAGAGAAACCCUAUGAAUGUAAUCAGUGUGGUAGAGCCUUUGCACAUAGCAGUAGUCUUAAAAAACAUGAAAUAGUUCAUACUGGAGAAAAACCCUAUGAAUGUAAUCAAUGUGGUAAAGCCUUUGUGCAUCCCAGAUAUCUUCGAAAACAUGAAAGAACACAUAUUGGAGAGAAACCCUAUGAAUGUAAUCAGUGUAGUAAAACCUUUGCACAUAGCAAUAGUCUUCAACAUCAUGAAAGAAUUCAUGCUGAAGAGAAACCCUAUGAAUAACACUAAUGUAGUUAAUGUGGUAAAGCCUUUGCUUGUCACAGUAGUCUUCAGAUUCUUGAAAGAAUUCAUAUUGGGGAGAAAUCCUAUGAAUGUAAUCUGCCUGUUAAAGCCUUUACAUAUCACAGUUGUCUUUGAGGGCAUGAAAGUACUCAGACUGAAGUGA